GCUGUGUUUGUAAACAUUCCAGCGCGGAAAUGUUGAGCCGCGGCAUUGACUCUGAGGUGUGCGCUUGGCACCUGUUGUGACAUCCUGCAGCAAACGUUUAUUUGUGUCCAUGAAACUACUGUGCGUUAUUUUGAAUGUUAGCUGAAGUCAGGAGACUCAUCCCUAAGGACAUUUCCGAACUAGUUCAGGCUAGACAUGUAAACCACAGUUGGUCUGUGUAAGGAGGUUUGAUACAGCACGUGAAAACUUUAUGCCCAGCGUUAUGAAAGUCUGAGUAUUUACCAGAACACGACAUUUUCAUAAAGUCAUUCAGGCACCUGACGUGACUGCCCCACCCAAGCAAGAGUAGUAGCAUGGCUUCUUACAAGCGAGUUUUCAGUCUGGGGAGUCCCCAUGGCCCAGGAGGAGUGUUCUUCACCUGGCAGAAGGCUUCAGGAGGAUUCCUGGCCACAACAGGUUACAACCAGGUGGUCAACAUUUAUGACAGGCAUGGCAACCUGCGGGAACAGAUACACCUGCCAGGUGUGUGCUCAGGUUUUGGUUGGGACAAGGAUGGUGCACUGCUCUCCAUCAUCAAUGAUAGGUCUCCUCUUGUCCAUGUGUGGGAUGCCAAUUCAGGGCGAGUGCAGCACCUGGACUCAGGGCUCCGGGACACCCUUACUUUCCUGUCCUGGUCUCGCACGGCACCCCUGUUGGCUGUUGGCACGGCCAAGGGCAAUCUUAUGAUCUACAACCACCAGACAUCUAGACGGAUUCCUGUGGUUGGGAAACACAGCAGGAAAAUCCAGAGUGGCAGUUGGUCAACAGCAAACCUCUUGGCCUUGGGGGGAGAAGACAAGAUUCUGACUAUCAGCAACAGUGAAGGGGACACGCUUCGCACAACACCUCUGCGUGGGGAGCCCUCAGACAUACAGUUCUCAGAGAUGAAGCAAGAUGAGAGAGCUAUGUCAGAAAAUACAGUCAGUCUUAUUGUUGCUAAGAAGACAUUGUUUCUCUACAAUUUAAAUGAUCCUGAAAAUCCAAUAGAGCUAGCCUUUGAGAACAGAUAUGGCACCAUUGUGACAUACAAGUGGUAUGGGGAUGGCUACAUCCUGCUGGGUUUCUCAGCAGGCUACUUUGUGGUCAUCUCUACUCACCUGAAGGAAAUUGGACAGGAAUUGUUUCAGGCCAAAAAUCACCGAGAUGUUCUAAAUGACAUUGCCAUCUCUACCUCCCUUAGCAAGGCUGCCUCAUGUGGGGAUAAUUUCAUCAAGAUACAUGAAUUGACAAACCUAAAGGAGUCGUAUGCAGUUGUCACAGUGGAUGAUGAGCGUGGCCUGGACUGGCUGGAGUGGUCUGAUGACGGGCAGCUAUUGGCUGUGGCAUCACCUGCAGGAAAUAUCCAUGUGUACCUCACCAAGCUGCCGGUGUUGGGAGGCUCACACACCACUCGCGUAGCCUUCCUCACUUCUCUGCUGGAGGUGACAGUGACCAACAUUGUGGAGAAGGAGAGGCCAGUCACUGUGAGUGUGGAUGUAGAGCCCACCUUCCUGGGAGUGGGGCCGUACCAUCUAGUGGUGGGCAUGAACAAUCGGGCAUGGAUCUACACUCUGGGAGAGGACUCUGCCAUGCUGCUGCGAGACCGAGAGUACCUUGGCACCAUCACCUCAGUCAGGGUCAAUGCUGACUAUGCCUCUGUUUUGUAUGAAGGAAAAAUCCAGUUCCACCUGCUGGAGGGAGAGACUGGGGAAGAUGAAGAAAGAGAGGCCCGCCUCUUCCCUGAUCCAGACCAUGCAGACAUGCACAUCACUGACCAUGCCCUCACUGCUGACUUCCUUGUGUAUUCUACUGAUACUGGGGGAUUGUUCUUCUUCUUCAUUGAGGACUGGCAGAUGGUAGGUGACUACCGGCACACAGCAGAAAUUGCCAGCAUCUAUGCCGAGCCCUCAGGUCGUCGUAUAGUGUUGGUGGACAGCAAGGGGGAGGGAUACUUGUACAACCCAGUCAAUGAUGACUUGCUGGAAGUGCCACAGUUUCCAGGGUCGUGUCAUGGCUGUCUGUGGGAGAACUCACCAAGUGACCGGCACGUCUUCACCUUGUUUGAUGAGAAGCAACUCUACACCUACAUCUACCACCAGGAGCACAUCAAAGGUCACCAUUUGGAGUUAAUUGGAGUGACCAAGUUCCCCACCAGCCAGGUUCCUCUACUCCUUUACAAUGGGGAGGUGACACUUCAGACAGCCUCAGGGAAGACAGUGCCAUUGAUACUUUCUUCACACGAGAUGGAGGCCAACAUUCAUGACUACUCCCAUGAACAGCUCAGAACAGCUCUCAAAAAGAAUAUUUCUCUCAGAAGGUUCAAGGAUGCAAGUGCUAUAUGCCAGGUGUUGAACAACAAACAGGAUUGGGAGGACUUGGGAAAAGGCUGCCUCUGGUGCCUCAAUCUGGAGUUAGGCAUGCGGGUGUUCCGGCAGCUGGGAGACGUGGGAAUGGUAUGGUCUCUGCAGAGUCUCAAGGAUCUGGAGGACCCACUGCUGCUUAGUGGACACUUAGCCAUGUUCCUCAAUGAAUUUAAUUUGGCUCAGGACUUGUACCUGCGUUCAUCCUCCCCUGUGGCUGCUCUGGAGAUGCGCCGUGACCUGCUGCACUGGGACCAAGCACUUCAACUUGCCAAGAAACUCUCACCUGACCAGAUUCCUUUCAUCUCCAGAGAAUAUGCACAGCAGCUUGAAUUCAUAGGGGACUACCCUGGAGCCCUCACUCAUUACGAACGUGGUGUAGUCAAUAUAGGUGGCUCAGAGGAUCAUAAUGCUGCAUGCAAGGCUGGCAUUGCACGUACUGCACUCCGAUGUGGGGACAUCAGAAGAGGUGUUAAUAUUGCUGCAGAGAUGAACAGCCGCAUGCUGAAAAGAGAAUGUGCUGAGAUCUUGGAGAGUAAAAAGCAAUACUCUGAGGCAGCAGUGCUAUAUGAAAGUGGCAACUUACAUGAGAAAGCUGCAAGCCUUUACAUCCGACUCAAGAACUGGAACAAAGUUGGACAGCUAUUGGUCAACAUCAAUUCUCCAAAGAUGCAUUUACAGUAUGCCAAGGCCAAGGAGUCUGAUGGCCAGUACCGGGAGGCUGCCACAUAUUAUGAGUCAGCGCGGGACUAUGAGUCAGUGAUUCGCCUACUACUGCAUAACCUCAACUCACCUGAAGAAGCUGUGAGGAUUGUGCGGGAAACCAAGAGUGUAGAAGGUGCCAAGAUGGUUGCCAAAUUCUUCCAGAAGCUAGGGGACUACAACUCAGCCAUACAGUUUUUGGUGCUGUCAAAAUGCAUGGAUGAAGCGUUCCAGCUGGCUCGCACCCACGGCAAGAUGGAGCUGUAUGCUGAGAUCCUGGGCUCAGAUGCUACACCAGAAGAUUACAAAAGUGUUGCUCUGCACUUUGAAAAUGAACGAAAUCACUUCCUUUCUGGAAAGUUUUAUUAUUUAUCUGGUGUAUAUCCAAAGGCAGUGAAGCAUCUGAUCCGUGCAGCACAGAGCACCAGUAGCGAGGACUCAGAAAGCAUCCAGAUGGCCAUUGAUGUGGUUGCUGCUGCUAAUGAUGAUGGACUCACACGCCAAUUAAUUGACUUCUUGAUGGGGGAGGUUGAUGGCAUCCCAAAGGAUGCAAAAUACCUUUUCCGACUCUAUAUGGCUAAAAGCCAAUAUCGUGAGGCAGCAAAAACUGCCAUCAUCAUAGCAAGAGAAGAGCAGAAUUCAGGAAAUUACCGCCAUGCCCAUGAUGUGCUGCUAGGAAUGUAUGGAGAGCUGCAGCGACAGAAGCUCAAGAUUCCUGCCGACAUGAGUUCAGCUCUUCUGCUUCUUCACUCCUACACACUGGCCAGGCUGUUGGUACGCAAGGGGGAUCACCUCAAAGCUGCCAGGAUGCUUAUUAGAGUCUCAAAUAACAUUUCCAAGUUUCCAGCACAUAUGGUCCCCAUCUUAACCUCCACUGUUAUUGAGUGCCAGCGAGCCGGACUCAAGAAUUCUUCAUUCACUUUUGCUGCCAUGCUGAUGCGUCCUGAGACUCGUGGUCAGAUAGAUGAAAGAUACAAGAAGAAAAUUGAAGCCAUAGUGCGCAAACCACAGAAGAUUGAGGAGGAAGAAAAGAGGUCACCUUGCCCAUUCUGCACAACACCUAUUGAGGAGACUAGCCUUGAAUGUGCUCAAUGUCAAAACUCCCUGCCAUACUGCAUUGCUACGGGCCAGCACAUCUUAGCGGAUGACGUAACCAUCUGUUCUUCCUGCAAGUUUCCAGCUAUAAGGACUGAGCUGAUAAAGCUGGUACAGGAUGGAGAAGGCUGUCCCAUGUGCAGUACAGUCCUGGAAGUCAGUAAGCUUACCCCAUUAACAAACUGGAAGACCAUUAUCCUCAAUGUAGAAACUUAGGAUUAAUAUUAAGGCUCAACAUAUUACCAAAAAUUCAAGUGUAAGACAUAGACUACACAUUAACUAAGUAAACUUAUCUAGUCACUUGAAAGCCAUAGAUUAUAAUUAUGCAAGUUGUUUAUAUGUUUUCUGUCAUCAUUUUGUAUUAACUUUUUAGGUUGAAUUACUAUACCCUUACUGUAUAGGGAACCACUAUAGUAAAUCUAUUUUGCACUAAGCAUUUGGGUGUGGCUGCCUUAGGGACCUGGCUUUCCUCUGUCCUGCCUAAUCUACCUUCACUGUGCUUAAGAUGAUCUGAAAAUACCCUUGUUUUCAAUUAGUCUUUAUUGGCAUUAUGUUCUACGAAAUAUACAUUUUCAUCACAAGUAAAUCUCACUGCUGUGAGGCACACAAGAGCAUGUGGCACAUGCAGGAGGGAAAGUUUUCAUUGUAGAUGGUGAUCAGAUGAAGUGAUCUUGGUCACCUGCCUCCACCUGACUUGUGGUGCACAUUUGUGGCUGGUCACUGUAUGACCUUGACAUCACAAAGGGACAUUGUCAAGUGUCAUGGUAUAUGCACCAAGAUCAUUGCUAUUAUCCUCAAAUAGAUGAAAAAUUCAUAAUAUUUUCACCCUUAUAUUCAUGUUGAAACAAUUAAUAGUCAAUGUAUCUAACAGAAAUAUGAGUAUUGUGAUCAACAUAGCAGAGUGAUGGGCAGGAGAAUCCCCACUAGGUAAACCUAAGUGCUUAGUACAAAAUAGAUUCACUAUAGCAUCACAAAAUAUCACCUGUGUAUAUGAGUGCUUCUGUUAUUUAAUUUUUACAAUUUUUACAUAUGAGACACUGAAUGCAGGAAGGGUGUAACCAUUAAAAAUCACCUCUCUGAGUUACAGGUGGUGAUUGUUACCAUCACCAAAUUUUUAGUUGUUUGAAAUGAAGAGUUGGUAUGUCAUCUACACACAAGUCCUAAAGUCAGUUACUUUUCUCCUUCCAACCUCCUCUCAACUCUGGAGUUGGUAGCUGGUGGGGCAUAAGCAGCCAGCCAAUGAAAGCUCACUUUAUAGCUGGGGUAUGUUAACAGUGCUCUCUCUGCCAGUCACAUGCAUUGCUUGUCAAGCAUGAGGCUUUAGUCUCCUUGAUAUCCUGAUGCCUGGAGCAUGUGCUCUUCUUUGCUGCUUCAGUAUAUUGGUUAAUUUUGAGGAAAUACAUAGGAUAGUGGCAUUCAGUUCAUCAGACAGUGAACAGGAGUGUCACAAAAGAAAAGCUUCAGGAUAUGAGAGACCUCACAAAGUAUAUUCCACAAGCUCACCUGCCCUUUUUUGAGGAUAUAUUCAUCACACAGCAAAACUGGGUCCCCUUUUUUUUUUAUCAGUGUGCCUUUUUUUUUAUUAUUAUAAUUUUGUUAUCCUUGGCUGGUGCCCCUCCUUCAUUAAAAAAAAAAAAAAAAAAAAAAAAGUGCAGGUGUAAGAGGAGGAUGUCACUGGGAAGAUGGAGUCUGACCCAGAUGACAACUUCCUGGGUUAUUAAUCCUGACCUCCCUCCACCCCACACUAGAUUAACAGCAAUGGGUGUGUAAGUAAUGAUGAUUUUUAACUUAAAACACUUAUUUCUUUCUUGCUAAUGCCAGCAUGUAUGUUACAUAUAUAAUUACCAUAUUUCCCACCAUAUAAGAAGCACUGGAGUAUAAGACUUACCUAUAACUUGGCAAGGUAUAUUCAGAAAAAAUAAUAUAAGACCAUCUUUUCCCUGAACCUGCCCCUCAAUUGGGCUUUGGUCCAAGUUGCAGCUCAAACCAAUGCAGAAGAGCAGAAAAUAUCAUACCAGUUUAUUAGCUAUCAUAACUGUCGCUGAACAAUUAUGACUAUGAUACUACCUUAUGUUGCUUCCUGUCUUUCUCUGUGUUCAAGAUGUUCCACUGUUGGUCAAAGAGUUACAAUGCUCCUACCCAAAGCAACUGUUGACUUGAAAUGGUAAACAAAACACUCCCUGUGCAUGAUAAAGUUUCUGACCUUGAUCUUGAUGCUACAGGUUUUUAUGUUUUAGCUUUAUUUUGGUUCAUAACCAUUAGCUAGUAAUUCUAAGUUCUAUUUUAAUUUGUAAUCAUUAUCUAAUAAUAUAUUGUAUCGAGGGUUUUGUGGUUUUAUACAAAAAGAAGCAUUUUAGAUCUGUCUCCCCUGAAAAUCUCUCCUGCUCACACACAUCCUGGUGUUUGAAAAUCGUGUGCCUUGGGCCAUAACUAAGCAGGACGGAAAACUCAGUCAAAUGUUAAUAUUGUACAAUCUGAAUAUCAGAACCAGGCCGAGGAGUAUGUCAUUUAGAUGCAGGAGAAGCAGAUAAGUUAUAGGAGGAUCCCAGAAGAAUUACACUGUGCAGAAAUGGUGGUGGCCAAUCAAUGGUGGCCACCCACAGCAAGGAGGGUUACUGACGUCAUCCUCAUGACCUGUGCAUCAAGCUGGACCGCUCUCUUGCUCGGAUCACGCUUAAGGAAGGAUGGUGUCUACCCUCGCUAGCUCUCCUGCUCUGACCUUCAGGCAGACAAGAUGUUGGUGCCUCUGAGCUGCAAUGUUGCCUUCGACCUGUGGAAGGGGCAUCUGCAGCCAGGACGUGGGCCACACCUAGCUAGCGAAUAAGAGUGAAGUGCCCAGGAGACACACAAGACAGAGGUGUUGAGAGUGAAGUGUCAAGGAACGCCACAAGGUGACACCACACAGCCUACAAGGACCUGCUGAAAGCCAAACCUGGCCUUGCUGACUCCUGCAGCCCUCACCCAAGGCCUAACAUCAUCACCCCAACUCCUGCUACACCACCCCCUGAGGAAGGAUGGCCAUGUGGUUGGUGGUACCCAAGGCCCUCCACCUCACCUGGAGACCUACAUGCCACCAGCAGCUACCCCAGACAUCAUCCAGCCACACCAAAAGCAGAUAAGCACUCCUGGGAUCUUUAGUUGUGUCAACUAGUUAGUUCAGUCAGGAGUCACUGGAUAGAGUUAGGCAUCCUUCCGAGUCUUCUGCUAUUUGUGUUAUUAUAAUUAUUACUUGAUCUGAGAAUAAUAGAGUAAAGUGUUUAUUUUUUUUUAUUUCUUUUUCAUUUAGAUUGGUUCUAUAACUGUUUUGGAGGUUAAUUGAGAAGAGUAUUUCAGACAUUUUUUUUUUUAGUUUUAUUUUAUUUAUUAUUUUAUUUAUUUAUUAUUUAUUGUAAUUGAUUUAUUGAUUUAUAUUUUUCAUUCUUAUUUUUAUUCAACUAAAUGUGACCAUGAAAGCGGCACAAUAUAAACAUCCAUAUUUCAUUCUGGGGUCAAACAGUAGUGCUUUGGUAUUAUUCUAGUACCAGUAACCAUAACCCAUAAGCCUACCUAAACCUAACCAUCGAAAUAUAAGACACAUUGUGAUUUUUUAAAUAUGGUAUUUUGCUUUUUAUACCAAUGAAUUUUUGAAUGAAAUUUGUUUUUUAUAAAUUCAUGGAAAUUUGUGUAUGAACCAGAGGCCAUCAAAACUUCUAUAGUUGAUUACUUAACUGCAGCAAGCUUAUAUGCUAACAUAAUUUUCAAAAUUAAUUUCUAAUGUUAUGUAGGCCUAAAAAAAGGUAGGCCUAUUCCUUAUGUAUAUUUAAUUUUAUUUUUCCUUUUAUAAAACAAAUAUGUAUAUCACUGAAACUACCAGCCAAGACCAUUACAUUGAUGUAUGAUAAUUAUUAUUAGAUCACAACAUUGUCUUUGCACCUUCUCCAAAUUUAACCUCUAAUUACUCAAAAUGGUGGUACUGGCAUUUACAGCCCUCCUGCAUUCGGUGCCUCUUAUACGGUCAGCUUCAAAAUAUAUGGUGUGAGUGGACAAUUCAGUUUUCACAUAAAUGAAGAAAUGAAAUAUAUAUAAAACACACC